GUAGCAAUGAUCACGUGACUAUCCCACAAAGUUGCGUGCGGGUACGCGAACGAAAAAAUUUAGCCGGAAUAAAAUGCUCGUGGAUUUUGCCCUGGCUCCGUUACUUUCUCGCGUGGUUUGCGACCGGCCGUGUGAAGAUGACUGUGGCGUCGCAAACCUCCUCAAAGUCAAGAAUGAAGAGAGAUCCGAAGGAAAAGGACUGAUCUUGGCGUCGUUCGUCACUUCUGUCGCUGAGCUUCGAUUCGAAUUCAAGUGGCCACUUGAACUUGCCGCCGUUCGCAUCGUACCGAGAAUCGGCCGCCAUCAGACAACUGCACUGGAGCUCGGAGUAUUGCCUAUGUUUCCAAGCGGUGGUCAGCGUUCCUAUGGGCGAAGCCAGGAAAUGGUCAUGAUUGGACGAGCGAGAAGUGAGGCAACGACUGGAGCAUUUCUGUUUAAGAAUCUCGAAUUAUCUCCCGCCCAGCAACAGCGAUCCUUUCCUACAACGACAUUGACGCCAGAUUCCGGUCCAGACGGGUAUUCAGACGAAUCAACUUUGAAAACUUUGUCGCCGCAGCCGGAUGACGAUUUACAUGUGUUCAAGCAUCGAGGGGCCGUUCGAGGUGUGGUCGUGCGAUUGUUACGUGGUCGGCCUCCUCGAAAUGCUGGUGUCGCUCGCAUCGAGUUAUGGGGACGACCCAUCAGAGAAACGGAUGCUACCGCAGUUCUUCAGGUGUUGAGAAAGUUGGGAGCAGAGCACCAGAUCGGAGCACCUGCUCUAGCGGGGCCUUGUCUGAGAGGAGAAGAGCGCGACCUUGAUCCAAUUACCAGUGGUGUUACUCGAACACAUUCUCCAAGAAAGGAUAAUGAGGAGAAUAACAUUGAGGACCUAUAUCCGGAGUUCUUUGACCCAAUUAGCUCGGAGUUGAUGACUUUCCCGAUGCUGCUUCCGUCGGGUCACACGGUGGACAAGUGCACGCUAGAUCGCUAUUGUGACACUGAAGCUGCCUUACACCAUCGUCCUCCGAACGACCCCUUCACUCGCAUUCCGUUUGAUAACGACGUUCAUGUGGUUGUUCCCCAUUCUGCUCUGAAGGAUCGGAUUGAUGCCGUGCUGAAGAUCAGACAGGAGCGCGGGAUCUCGCUGAAUCUCGGUCGGUCUGUGGGCAUGAGCAUUCCUGGCCCUCAGUUGUAUCAUCAUGAAACGAGUUCCCAGAAUCCAAGAUCGUCGAUCUUGGUUUCAUCAUCAUCUUCAAAAGAGUUCAUGCCGGUACAACAACCCAGUGAACCUCCAUCGAAGCGCCCUCGUUUAGUUGAAAACAGUGAAUCGAAGAUUUGCGGGGAGAACAGCCACGCAGACAACUUGGAACGGAGUUUGGCUGACGCAAUCGCGGAAGCACUUGCGGAUACGCCUGUCGUAAAAUCGUCAGCGAAGUUUUUCACUGCACCAACAAAUACUGGUCAGUCUUGCGUCGUGUGCAACGCUUCCCGGGGGGCCAACUUGUAUCAGCUGGCCUGCAAUCACGUCCUCUGUCGAAACUGUUUGUUGGGGCGACAAGAUGGAGAUCGAGACAAUUUUUCGUGCUCAUCGCCGAGUUGUGGUCGAAGAACUCCGCGAUCCCAAAUCACACGGGUUCAUGUGUCCUGA